AUGGACUCCAUUUCGCUGACAUUAACCUGCAACGUCCAUCCUUUCCGCUCGCAGGAGAGUGAAGACCUGGAGAAACAGAACGCGGCGCUGCGGAAGGAGAUCAAACAGCUCACGGAGGAGCUGAAGUACUUCACAUCGGUGCUGAGCAGCCACGAGCCCCUGUGCUCGGUGCUGGCCCCCGGCGCGCCCUCGCCCCCCGAGGUGGUGUACAGCGCCCACGCCUUCCACCAGCCUCACGUCAGCUCCCCGCGCUUCCAGCCCUGAGCUCCCCGAGGGCGGGAGAGAGCGGAGCCCCCAACCCCAGCUGCUCCCAGGCCUCGGGAGGGGCACGCAGACUGUGGCCAGCGGCCCUCGUCCCUCAGCGCCCUCUCCACCCGGAGACCCGGAGGCGGAGGCCUGGACCGGGAUGGAGCACAGGACGCAGCUGCUGGACGUGUGUGUGGCCUCCCGAAGUGUGGCCGACCGCCCGGCGCCGUGGGCUGGACCUUCACGUGGGCGGGAGGCCGGAUCCAGAGCUACGUCAAGCAUAACGCCCAAGUCCCGUUGCACAGAGGGAGGAGGGGUAGGGAACGGUUAUUUUUCUAA